AUGGGGGUGCUGAUGUCCAGGCGGCAGACAGUGGAGAAGGUGCAGAAGGACAGCUUGGCUGUGUCGGCCUUUAAGGACGGGCUGCGGGAACAGCCAUCAACAUGGCAGCAGGCAGGUGGGGGGGGGGCAGAGUUGGGGGGCACGUGCCGGGGAACGUUGGAGCAGGCAGUGCAGGAGGGAGAGGAGGAAGUGUCGGUGGGGCCCUCCCAGCUGGAGGAGAGCAGCACCAGCAAGGCAGCCUGGGAACGGCUGCGGGACGGCUGGGGCUUGGAGCCGGAGGAGUUUGACCGAGCCAACAGGUUCACGCCGCCCACCUUCAUCCGGUCCAAGCGGGAACUGCACGAUGACAAGCCCCUGGACAUCAGCCUGGAGCAGCGGGAGCAGGUCCUCAACGACGAAAUGUGCGAGAUCUGCAAGGUGUGGACGGCUGAUAGCCUCUUCCCCUGCCGCAUCUGCAGCUGGAUGUACCACAAUGGCUGCCUGUGCCGCAUGGGCUACCUGCAGAACAACAGUGCCAUGGAGGUGAUGGAGACAGCACACACCGAGACGGGCUGGAGCUGCUACUACUGCGACAACCUCAAUCUCCUGCUGACG